AGGUCCACAUUGGGGUCCACACCAAUGACGCAAGCUGCACCCGGUAGUAAUUCAACUUGACGUAAUAUUGUAGUCCAGUCAACUGACCUCAGAUGCCGAAGAAUCCAUUUGCUGUUGUUAGCUAAGCUGCUGAAAGUUGUGUAACAAGUAAAUACAAAAGGACACUGCUGCUGGGAGGACUCGCUUAUUUAAGUUGUUUAGAGGGCCUCCCCCUACACGUCAAAUCCCGAAAUCCUAUUUGUGAAUUGUCACUCUGCAAAUAUGUUUUCACUGUCAGCGUCGUUUCAGCCCCAGCAGAUGAUACUGCCCCUCAGCCAGCUCAUCAAUGCCCUCCACUCGCUGAAGACCUCAGCCACAGCUUCAAUCCAGACCCUGCAACAAGGCUUCAUUCCAGAGCACAGUUCAUAUCUGAAAGAGCCCAGUGUGAGUCUGAGGGACCUCGGCCUGUCAGAGAUCAGGGGAAGUCAGCUGGAUGAGCUGCUCAGCAGGUUGCUGCCUAUUCCCGCACCAGAAGAACCUCCCGUUGUCCCCUCAGCAUGGAGGUCGAGCCACGUUUCUGCACACAGCUUCUUUCAAAACAAACAUGGGUUCUCACACAGGACGUUGGGGGUCUUUGGCUCCCCAAUAUUCCAUAGACAGCACCACAGUCCUUUAAAAGCAGCUUGCUCAGAGCUACAAUUCUUGCCUGUAUUGUUCCAGAGUCGGGGCUUCAAGACUUUUAGACCAAAGACCAGGCGAACAGAGUCUAGUUAUGACGGUCCGGUGGAAUCUGAGCCCUACACACCAGCUUUCAUGAAGGGAUUGCUUCAGCGGGAGAAAGGACCAGAAUCACUGGACGAAGUGCUGAAGCAGAAGAACCUUCCAGAGAACCAGCAGGAAGCUUUCAAGACAGGUUUCAGUGAGGGCUUCAUGAGAUCUCAGGCCUUCACUCAGAGAACACAAGAUUCGCUGAGGAGAACCAGGUUGAUCCUUUUGGCCCUGCUUCUCAUUGGGAUUUAUGGCUUGUCGAGAUCCCCGUUUCUCUCGGGUAAAGGCUCCUUUUCUGAUGCUGUGAGGUUCCGCACCACAUCUGGUCUUGACUCUGCAGUCGACCCCGUCCAGGUGAAGAAUGUGACAUUUGAACAUGUCAAAGGAGUGGAAGAGGCCAAGAAUGAAUUACAAGAAGUUGUGGAGUUUCUGAAGAACCCCCAGAAGUUCACCGUUCUGGGUGGAAAGCUGCCUAAAGGGAUCCUCCUUAUUGGUCCUCCAGGCACCGGAAAGACUCUGUUAGCGCGCGCUGUUGCCGGGGAGGCUGAUGUUCCUUUCUACUACGCCUCCGGGUCUGAGUUUGAUGAGAUGUUUGUGGGGGUCGGUGCGAGUCGUAUCAGGAACCUCUUCAAAGAGGCAAAAGCAAAUGCUCCCUGUGUCAUCUUCAUCGAUGAGUUGGACAGCGUUGGAGGGAAGAGGAUCGAGUCUCCGAUGCAUCCUUAUUCUAGACAAACCAUCAACCAGCUGCUGGCUGAAAUGGAUGGGUUCAAACCAAAUGAAGGUGUGAUCGUUGUUGGUGCUACAAACUUUGCAGAAGCUUUGGAUAGUGCUCUGAUAAGGCCAGGAAGAUUUGACAUGCAGGUGACGGUCCCUCGCCCCGAUGUGAAAGGACGCACGGAAAUUCUCAACUGGUACUUCUCCAAGAUCAAAGUGGACCCUGCCGUGGAAGCGGGAAUCAUUGCCAGGGGGACCGUGGGAUUCACCGGGGCCGAGCUGGAGAACCUGGUGAACCAGGCCGCCCUGAAGGCAGCCGUGGACGAGAAAGAGAUGGUCACAAUGACAGAUCUGGAGUUCGCUAAGGACAAGAUCCUCAUGGGCCCUGAGAGGAGGAGUGUUGACAUCGACAAGAAGAAUAAGACCAUCACAGCCUACCAUGAGUCCGGCCAUGCUAUCGUAGCCUAUUACACCAAAGACGCAAUGCCCAUCAAUAAAGCCACCAUCAUGCCCAGAGGCCCAACUCUUGGCCAUGUGUCCAUGCUCCCAGAGGAUGACCGCUGGAGUGAGACCAGAGCCCAGCUGCUGGCUCAGAUGGAUGUGAGCAUGGGGGGCCGAGUAGCAGAGGAGCUCAUCUUCGGAGAUGACAACAUCACUACUGGAGCCUCCAGUGACUUUGAUGGAGCGACCAAAAUAGCCAAAAUGAUGGUGACCAGGUUCGGCAUGAGUGACAAGCUUGGGGUGAUGACCUACAAGGACGUGACCAAGCAGAGCCCCGAGACACAAGCAGCCAUCGAACAGGAAGUCAGGGUUUUACUGCUUGACUCUUACACACGUGCUAAAUCCCUCCUGAAGACGUACAGUGAGGAGCACAAGAAGCUAGCGGACGCCCUGCUAGCACAUGAGACUCUGGAUGCCAAAGAGAUCAAGAUGUUGCUUGAGGACAAAUCACUAGACCUCCUGAUACCUCAGUAGAUAUUUUAGAAUCUUGUAUUGUGUAUAUAUGAAGCUGUUUCACCCCUUAUACAUUUUUAUUUUAUCUUCAUUUCUCUUGCUUUUCCUGUAGAGAAGACUUUUGGUUUCACAGCCAUUUUUUAAGAAAUCACAGUUUAAUUGGAUGAAAUACAAAUGUGUUCUCCACGUGUUAGUCCACAGGUUUCGUCAAGGGCUUAUUGUCCUCAACAAAAGACAAAAGGCAUAAUUGUAUACAAAUUUGGUAACAUUACGAGGUUAUAGAGCAAAUUAAGUUGACAUGGUGCGAUGAAUGCUUUCAUGUAUGUCUAUGUCUCAAAUACAUUUGUACUGACAAGUCAACACCAUAGAACCUUAAAAGACCUCAAUCUAGAAUGUACCAAGGUACAGUUGAUUCUGCUGUUCAUAAUAGAGUUCAAUCUCUAGAUCAUGUCUUUCAGUCGCAUCUAUUUUGUUUGUUCCUAUUUAUUUAAGUGCCCAAAAGUUGUGUUCUCUUUUUCUGAAAUUAGUAGUAGUCCCUUGUGUGAUUCUAAGCUCACGUGUAGCUGAUAUGAGGGGAACUGUGUAUAUAUACUGUCAGCGUGUAAAAGGAUUGCCUUUGUGCUUCGGUUUGUUCUUUUAGACAAAGGCUUCCUUGAAGCUCAAAUAAAGGUUACCCUUACUCAUGAAA